CGAAAACAUGCUCAAGAAUAUGGAAAAAUUUUCAAGUCUCAUUUUGGUCCCCAACUAGUUGUAUCCAUUGCAGAUGGAGACAUGGUGGCCCACGUUCUCCGGGAAGAAGGUUGUACACCACAACGAGCUAAUAUGGAAUCCUGGCAGGAAUACAGAGAUCUACGAGGAAGAGCAACAGGGCUUAUAUCUGCAGAGGGGGAACAGUGGCUAAAGAUCAGACGCGUGCUAAGGCAAAAAAUGGUAAAGCCCAAAGAUGUUGCUGUUUUCUCUGGAGGACUCAAUGAAGUUAUUGCUGAUUUGAUCAAGAGAAUCUACACUCUCAAAAACCAAGAAGAAGAUGGGGAAACUGUGACAAAUAUUAACAACCUUUUUUUCAAAUAUUCAAUGGAAGGAGUGGCAACUAUCCUGUAUGAAUGCCGCUUGGGGUGCCUAGAAAACCACAUCCCCCAGGACACAGUGGAAUAUAUCGAAGCUUUGGAGUUGAUGUUCAGCAGUUUUAAAACUACCAUGUAUGUGGGAGCUAUUCCUAAAUGGCUUCGUCCAGUCAUUCCAAAACCUUGGAAAGAAUUCUGUAGAUCCUGGGAUGGACUCUUUAAAUUCAGUCAAAUUCAUGUGGACAAUAAAUUAAAAGAUAUAAAGCCUUUCUUAGACCAAGGAGAAGAGGUUAAUGGUGGACUUCUCACAACUCUUCUUAAGAAUAAAGAACUUACAGUGGAAGAAAUCUAUGCCAAUAUGACUGAAAUGCUUUUGGCAGGGGUUGAUACAACUUCCUUCACUUUAUCCUGGGCAACAUAUCUAUUAGCAAAGCACCCAGAAGUACAGCAUUCUGUGUAUAAAGAGAUAAUCAGCAAACUGGGUAAAGAUAAAGUCCCUGAUGCUAAUGAUAUCCCUAACCUGCCAAUGAUCAGAGCCCUUCUCAAAGAAACCUUAAGGUUAUUUCCAGUGUUACCAGGAAAUGGCAGAGUAACCCAGAAAGAUUUGAUUGUUGGAGGAUACUUGAUACCUAAAGGGACCCAGCUAGCACUCUGUCAUUAUGCAACAUCAUACCAGGAAGAGAAUUUUCCAUUAGCACACGAGUUCCAGCCUGAACGAUGGCUAAGGAAAAGCAACAUGGACAGGGUAGAUAAUUUUGGUUCUAUCCCCUUUGGUUAUGGUAUUCGGAGCUGCAUAGGAAAGAGAAUUGCUGAACUGGAAAUUCACCUGGCACUAAUACAGCUACUUCAACAUUUUGAAAUAAAAAUGUCUCCCAAAACUAAAUCUGUUCGUGCCAAAACCCAUGGACUAUUGACUCCGGCAGAUUCCAUCAAUGUGAAAUUUGCAGACAGGAAAUGA